AGCAACCAAGGCAGGCUGACGGCUUCUGUGACCCUCGCAGUGCCAUUGCGAGUUGAAGCGCCUAAAGGGUAUCGAAGCUGGAACGAAAAUUCAGGCCCAGGUUCCAACUCCCGAGCUUCACGAAGGGUCGGAUGGCGUAGCUCAAAAUACACAGUUUGCUCCAUCGAUCCCUAUGCCCGAGCCCAGCAUCUGCAACCUCGUUGGUGUGCCCACGCCACCACCUCCUGCGGUGCCAGGAACGUGCUUUGAUAUCACUCUUACUCCCAUUGUACCAGAACCACAGGUCAGGCGAUAUGAUAGGAAUGUGCCAGUUAAAGACGAUUUUGCAGUGUUUAAAGUUAAAAAAGGUCCUUUGGACUGUUCAGAGGAGCUUGCCACGGUAGAGGGAUGGGAGCCGCUGACGCACCCAGAAGGGGCUUUGUUUUUCUAUCACCCAUAUAAAAGGGUUUUUACUGAUGCUGAUGUUCGAAACUCUGAAACUGCUGUCAAAAUAGACAAGGCUGUCGAGAAGGCGCGCGAAGAAGCGCGCAAUGCAGGCAUCUCCUUGGAUCGAUCCGUGGAGCUAGGGUUAGAAUUCAUGGAGGAGGAUGACAAAGAGAUGUGGGGCUACUACUUUGCCGAUCACGACAGACGCGUCAUUUUCUGGUUCGAAGACUAUGAUUCCGAAUCUAACUGGUUGAUGAAUGGUGUUCGAGGCGUAGAACGCAAAAGCCACGUCAGGUAUGCACUAGAAACACAGUACUGGAGACACAUCGAACUAUUUCCAAACAAACGCCUCCUUCCAGAAGACGUUGUCGUGGAACUAAAAGAAAUUGUGAUGCAUGCUCAUGCAGAAAAUAUCACUUCCGAAACAUGCCUAGCGCCUUUUUCAUCGGACGAGGUUACAAGUAUGCUUGGCCUUAUGGAUUCUCUCAUGAACAGUACUAACAAGGAGCGUGAGCACUCCGUGUGGAUCAUCGCUCGAUGCAUGAGACUUUUCUGCAAUGCCAAGUUCGUAAAUUUUUGUGGACAACCAGGCGCUCGACUUAACGUAGACCAAUCGUUAUACGACGGAGGAUCAGGAUCCAACACUCGCUGGAAAAAGAUCCUUCUUUACGUCAUGAAUGUUAUUCUGUUUGGAUCCCCUGAUGCUAAGAGCAAGGCUGUUCACAGGGUAUGGGUCGAUGACACCAUGGUUCAGCCGCGAUGGCAGAACUUUAUCAAUGGGCUCACAACUGAAUGGAGUGGAUACACAAUAUAUUCUACUGUGAUGCUUGCUGUUGAUAUCAGCUUUCUCGCAGUCUCAUCUGUCCAGGCUCAAACACCUGCGAUCCUUCUAGCAUAUCUGUCUACCCUCAGCGCCUUAGGCUCGUUAGUGGUCUCACUGAUCUUGGCUGGACAAGUUAAUGACAACCGGCGAGGCUGCGCUGAAGACGCGGCGUCUUUCAUGGUCAAAAUAUCUCGUUCUAUGCUCGGCCUUGAGAGCCUCGCUCUCAGUGCUCAGUCUGCCAUUUGCACUUCUGAUUUGGGGAAUGGCGUUCUUUGCUGCUGGAUUGUUCAUCGUGAUUCUCCGCACUUCUGGCAUUGUCACUCGGGUGAUUGUAUAUUUGAUUUGGGCCCCGAUAUUCUUUCUAGCGACAUGGCCCAUACUAGCUGCCAAUGAUAUUCACAUCUCUCGCCUGUGGUACUGGAUUACCGACCACAUUUCUCGCCUACGUCACUGGAUUAUAGAACGUACGAUCACCACUUCUUAUGUUUAAUUCGUGUAGUCUGUCAUUACAUGCAGGGAACUGUCUGUAGUGCGUACGAUUGUAUCGAGUGUUUGGGAAGGACACGCCGUGAAGAAUGUGUCCAAGCCCCACCACAUUGAUCAACUCCGCCGGCAACUAAGAAUUGUGCUGUGAGCCACAGCACCAACACGAAAG